AUGAUUUUAAAGAACUUCUCUUAUAGUCUUAUAACAUACCGAUACAUGUAUAUAUUUUCAUUAAUUAAUAUAUUAAAAACAACAUCAGUAGUAAUAAAAUCACGACACAAGCUAAAUCAUAUAAACAACUCAAGGGGUAUCAAGAGCAUUAACAUUAAUAGCGAUAAUCUUUUUUUUCUUCGAACCAAAAUUAGAAAAGCACAGAAUUAUAUAUUGAAUAAUAAUAUAAAUAAGAAAAAUUAUAAUGCCCUUUUUUAUAAAUUAAAUAAUAAUAAAGAAAAAAAAAUGAAUAACAAAUUGCCAAAAUCUUUAAAUAUGAAUAAUUCAAAUAAUAAUAAAAAUGAUCACCUAUUAAAUGAUAAUCUAGUAUCAUUUAAUAAAAAUACUGAUAUAAAGAAUCAUAGGAGUUAUAAUCAAAAUAGAAAUAUAACAUAUAGUAAGCAAUUUAGUCAGAAUAACAACAACUAUAGCAGUACACACAAUAACAAUAUUAUUAAGGGGAAGGCAUCAGGAAGUUAUAUAAAUAAUAGUAGUGUUAAUGGUCCAAGCAAUCAAUAUGUAAGUAGCAAUAACAAUAUUAAUGUAAAUAUUAAUAGUAUUAAUAGUAUUAAUAAUAAUAAUAUCAAUAAUAUCAAUAAUAUCAAUAAUAAUAAUAGUAACAAAUUUUCAAAUAAUUUUGCGGGAACUUAUUCUACAUAUAUACAAAAUAGAGAAAUGAAUAAAAAUAAUGAAGGGCCAAAUUCUGCAUGUAAUGAAACUAAAUUAAACAACUCUUUAAAUUUUAAUAUAAAUAACAAGGACAAAAAAAAUUACAAUAUUUUAUCUAAUAAUCCUAGUAGCAACAAUAAUGAUAAUAGUAAUAAUAAUAUGGUACAUCUAAAUGAUAAUUCUGGAAUGUAUGGCCCUAAAAGUAAUUAUAAUAAUAAAGAUUAUUUAUUAAUUAAUAAUAAUAUGAAAGAUAAGAAUAUGUACGUAAAUAAUAAUACAUUAGCAAAUACUAAUAGUUUAGAUAACUCUUUAAAAAUUAAUAAUUAUAAUAAACAUAAUGAUAAAAAUAUGAAUACAAAAUCAUCAAAAAUUUUAGAAGAUACCAAUUCUUAUAAUAAUGCUUUAAAAAAUAAUGAUUCCAGAUAUAAUUAUUAUAAUGAAAAUUAUACAAAUAAUAUAAAAAAUAUGAAUACUACGAAUGCGGGUGUAAAUAGUUUAAAGAAUAUGAAAAAUCCAUUUAAUAUGAAUAAAAAAUAUAUGUCUCAUUAUAAUAAUAAUAAUAAUGAUAAUAAUAAUGGCAAUAAUAAUAAUAAUAAUAAUAGUAGUAGUAGCAAUAAUAAUAAUAAUAGUCAUAAUAACAAUUAUAAUAACCAACUACAUAAUAAUAACUAUUAUUAUAAUAAUAAAUCUAACGAUAAUUUAAAUAACAAUAAAACAUCUUCAUCGUCGUAUACACCAAAUUUUAAAAGAGAAACAUCUGACGAUAUAUCAAACAAUAACAAUAAUUAUAAUAAUUACAACAAUAAUUACAAUAAUAAUAAUUACAGCCAUAAUAACGAUAGUAGUAGUAGUAAUAAUAAUAAUAUGAUGAUUAUGACUAAUGAAAUGAAUUCUAUGGAUUUACAUAAAAAUAUAAAUAUCUUAACAAUGGAAUCAUCAAAUUGUAAUAAAGUGGAUAUGAAUAAUAUGCUAAGUACCAAUGAAACAAUUAAUAAUAUAAGUAGCAAACAUGGAAAUAAUAAUAUAAACAAAAUGAAUCAUCAUAAUAAUACAACCACGACGAGUAGUAGUAGUAGUAAUAAUAAUAUGUUAAAAUUAAACAAUCUUAUCAAAAAUAAAGACAUGAAUAAAAAUGAUAAUAUCGAAGGUAAUCAUCCAUAUAAUGUGCAUGAUAUCUUAUAUGACAAUUCAAGAACAGGAGCAAUGAUGGAAAGCAUGACGUCUGGAUAUAAUAGAGGUGUAAGAAAUAAUAAAUUAUCUAUGCAAACUUAUAACCAUAUGAAUCAUAGUGUGGAUUCAUCAAAAAAUAUUAUAAAUUCGAAUGAUAGGAACUCAAUGACCAAAGGUGAUGGCAACAUGAAUAAUAAUGAAAAUAACAACAAUAAUAAUAACAACAACAACAACAAAAAUAAUAACAAUAAUAAUAAUAGUAAUAGUAAUGUGGGUAUUGGUCGAAGCUCUAGUAAUAUGUUUAUAAAACACAACAGCUUUCAUAACAACAAUAAUGCAGAUUUAAAUCAAAUUAAUAAUUUCGGUAUUAAAAAGAAUGAAUACUAUGGAAAUUUUUCUUCUUCAACUAACUCAAAAAAUAUGAACAAUCUUAUAAAUAAAUUAGAAGAUAAUAAAAAUAAUAACACAAAUAAUAUGAACAAUAAUAAUAAUAAUAAUAAUGUUCCUCUUGAUUUAGAUAGUGAUGCUUUUCGUUAUUACGAUUUUAAUGAAUUUUUAAAUUAUAUGUAUAAAGAUGAAAAUAUAUUAACUCUUUUCUAUAUAAGGAAGAAUUAUUUAAAAGCAGAAUCGAAAGAAGAAUUUGUAAAUGAAAAUGAUAAGAUUAAAUAUUCUAUUAUCUGGUCAUUUACAAAUGAUGAAAGAAUUGUAGUAUAUGGUACUCAUAAUACCAAAAAAUUAAGCAAGAAAGUUUGUGUGAAAAAAAUAUUAUUAAAAUUAAAAAAUAUAUCCUUAUUAGAAUUAGAUCAAAUGACAAAAUGGAUGAUCAAUAGUUUGAAUGUUAUUUUGAAAGUAGAAAAUAAAAAUUUAGAAAAUAAAUUCAUUAAUAAUUUAUAUUCUUGUAAUAUUGAAUGGAAAAUAAAUAAUAAAAUAUAUCAAGCAUCUGCUCAACAUGAACAUGAAAAAAUUGCUGAAUUGGUAGCUACACAAAGGUUGUAUAUGAUAUUGUAUGAUGUUAAAGAACAAUUAAUUAGAGAAAAUGACUUUUUAAAAAUGACUGAUGAUAAUAAGAGAUUUAUUAAUUCAUUUGAUAACCCAUCAAUUAUAAACAACAGCACUAAUAAUAAUAAUAAUAAUAAUAUAACUAAUAGUGGUAAUAAUAAUAAUACAUUAUAUAACAAAUAUAUGAAUAGUAACAGUAAAAACUUUGAUGAUGUCAAUAUGAUUAAUCAGAACAAAUAUAGCAAAAAUCAAGGAACAAAUAAAAAUUUCAAUGAAAUUAUGUAUAACAAUAAUAAUAUGAAUGCAAGUAGUAAUAAUAAUAAUAUGUUAUCUUAUCAAGAAAAUAAAAAUAGUAAAUAUCAAGAAAUAAAUAAUGAUCAUAUGUUAAAUAGAAAUAGUAAUAUGAAUAUGAAUAAUUACAUGAACAAUGUUAACUACAACAAUAAUCAUAUGAAUAAUAUGAAUAAUAUGAAUAAUAUAUUAACAUCUGAUUCAACCGAUAUGCACAACAUCAAUAAUAUUAAUAAUAUUAAUAAUAAUAAUAAUAAUAAUAAUAAUAUCAAUAGUGUAAAUAAAAAUGUUGGACAUUUAGCUAAUAACCAAGGAAAUAUUAUGAACAACAAUAAUUUAAAUUCUAAUAAUAUGAACCUUCAAAACGGUAAUAACAAUAUGUUCUUAAAUGCAAAUAUGAAUUUAUUAAAUAAUACACAACAAGGAGGUAUACAACAAAUAGCUACACAAGAUGUAAAUACACAAUCUGAACAAGUAUCAGAUCCAAACGAUUUAAUUGAAUAUUGUUUAACUAAACAAGAUGCUAGUAGCAUACAGAUGUUAAGAAAUAAUAUAGCUUCAAGAUAUAAAAUACAACAAUCAGAAGUAUUUGAACAAGUUUUUAAUUUAUAUAAAUGUACAUUAGAUUGGGAGUGGAAAAAUGGAAAGAAUACAUGCAAAGCUAAAAGUGUUGGUUAUGGUAGCACAAAAAGUCUAGCCAAAUGUGAAGCAGCAUAUGAUAUGUUAGUAAAAAAUAAUUUAAUAGAAUAUAUAUCAUCUACUGAUAGAAAAAAUGCACAAUUUAUUAGAGAUUUAAUAUCAAAAGAUUUAAAUAAGGCUUUAAAUAUGGCUAUACAAUUUAUUAUGCAAUAUAGUAGUAAUGCAUGGUCUAUAUUUGUUGUUUAUUUAUUAAGAGAACUAUUAAUAGAUGGAAAUUAUGAUCCUAUAAACAGAUUAUUAAAUACUAUUGUGGAGGUUAGUAGAGAGGGUCGUAAGGAGGUAGAACAAAUGGAAAAAAAUAUAAACAAAAAUGAUAACAAUGUUAACAAUAUAAAUAAUAUUAACAAUAAUAACAAUAUUAACAAUAAUAACAAUAUUAACAAUAAUAACAAUAAUAACAAUAUUAACAAUAUUAACAAUAUGUAUAGUAAUAACCAUUGUGUGAAGGACGAAUCUACUAAUGGUGCAUCGCCAAACAUGUUUCCUAACAACAAAGUAGAAGAAAAUAACGACAACAAUAAUAUCAAUAAUAAUAAUAAUAAUAACUCCCAAUUCUUUAACCCUUAUAUACAAAAUAAGAACCUUACAGAUAAUAAUUAUAUUCAUAAAUUAGUUUCUAUAGAUUUGUGGGAAAAACUUAUAGACGAAUGUGUUGUUAUAUUAAACGAUAAACUUUGUUUUAAUUGCAUAUCUCUUUUACAACAAGUCGAAUUAGAUUAUUCCAUUUUUAUAUCAAAGUGUGCUCAUGAUUAUUAUAAAAAAUAUCGAAUUAUGCUAGCGUUAGAAUUACAAGCAAAUCUAGCACAAAGCAUACAAGAAAAAAAGAAUUUUGAAUACUUACAUGAAAAUAAAUCAUUAUUAUUAAAAUUGAAAAGUAUUACUAUGCCUGUUUUAUCAUGUACAUGUACUCUAACGAAUGAAGAAAAAGAAUGGAUGAAAUCAACACAAAUGAGAGAAGAUGAUAUUGUUUUAUUGAAACCGUGUGAUGCCUUAUUAAAAGAUGAAGAUGCUUGGUCUAAUAGUUUAAUUGGUAGUAUUACUAGUACUAAAAGUGAUAAUACAGUUUAUAAUAUUAAUAUAAGAAUAUUUUCAGCAGAAAAUACUAAAAAAGCAAAUGUUAAAUAUAAUAAAUAUAGAUUAUAUUUAUUAUUAAAUAUUGUAACACAUGAAAGAAUGUUACAAGCUUUAAGAUCUAUUACAUUUAUAAGUUCAAUACCUACACAAUAUCAAUCACCUUAUGUAUUUACACCAGAAAUACGUUUCUUAAUAUUACACUCUUAUAAUAAGUAUAGUAAAUAUAUAGCCCAAAAUGGAAAAUUAAAUGAAGAAAUAGCAGAUUAUGAGGAAAUAAAAAUGGAUUUUCAAAAUAAUGAAAUAUUAAAAAAUAAUAGUAUGACUGAUGAUAUAUUAAAUGAUUAUAGUAAAGAAGCUAAGAAUCCAUAUGAAGAUUUAUUAAAUGAAAGUAUAAAUAAACAAAUAGGUAAUUCACAAGUUGAAGAUAUUGAUAAAUAUUUAAUAGAAAGUAUUAAUUUGCCAACUAAUUUACCUCUUAAUGAUUCACAAAAAUUAGCAUGUCUAAGUGCAUUGACAAGAAGAUUAACUCUAGUUCAAGGUCCACCAGGUACAGGUAAAACUCAUGUUGCUUGUGCCAUCAUUGAUAGUUGGCAUAAACAAAAUAGUAAUAAAAAAAUAUUAGCUGUAGCUGAUUCAAAUGUUGCUGCAAAUAAUUUAGUAGAAGGUUUAAAAAAAAGAAAUAUACAAGCUGUUCGUGUUGGAGCAGGUAGUGAUAGUGAUUUCCAUGAAGAAGCUAUUAUGGAAUUUCAUCGUUAUAAAGAUUUAUUAAAAUUAAGAAAAAAUAAUAUGCAGAAAGAAGCAAAAGUAAUGAAAGCUUUAUUAUUUCUAGAAGCUGUUAAAAAAUAUAAUGUUGUUAUAGCUACUUGUGUUGGAUCAGGACAUGAAAUAUUUGAUAAUGAAAAAUUUGAAAGAGUAAUAAUCGAUGAAUGUGCUCAAUCUAUUGAACCAUCCAAUUUAAUACCAUUAGGACAUUAUUGUAAUAACUUAGUAUUAAUAGGAGAUCAUAAACAAUUACCACCAACUAUUAUUUCACCAGAUGCUAUAAAAUUAGGAUUAGAUAAAUCAUUAUUAGAAAGAUUUGUCAUGGCAAAAAUUGCACCUAUACAUUUAUUAAAUACACAAAGACGUAUGCACUUAAGUAUAUGUGUAUUUCCGAAUUUCCAUUUUUAUGAUAAUAAAUUAAAAACAGCAAAUGUAACAGAAGAAAAUAGACCAAUCAUUAAAGGUUUCUUAUGGCCAAAUCCAAAAUGUAGAUUAGCAUUUAUAGAUGUAUCAAUAGGAAAACCUGGUAGUAAAUUUGAAAAUGCUUAUGGAACAUCAAAAUUUAAUUUAUAUGAAAUAGAACCAUUAAUCACUGUAUUAAAAUCUAUAAUCAAUGAAGGAUGUGUAUCUGUUGAUGAAAUUGGAAUAUUAACAGCAUAUGAUGCACAAAAAAUGAAAUUAAAAAAAGCUGUUCAAGAUGCUUUCUCUUAUGAAGCUUCACAUAGAAUAGAAAUCGACUCAAUCGAUGGUUUUCAAGGAGGAAAAGAAAAAGAUCUUAUUUUAUUUUCAGCAGUUAGAUCAAAUGCAAAUAAUGAAUUAGGUUUCUUAAGAGAUGCUAGAAGAUUAAAUGUUAUGUUGACAAGAGCAAAAAGAGGUGUUAUUCUUUUUGGAGAUCAAUUCACAUUAGCAAACGAUCCAGCUAAUUGGCUACCUUGGUUAAAAUGGAUCUCAUCAAAAAGAGCAAUAGUACAUGUAACUAAAUUAAAUGAUCACUUAGAAAAUACAGACUAUUCAUUAUUAGAUAAAUUAAAUAAAAUUAAUAAAGCUGUCAACUUAAAGAAUAUUAAUGUCUCAGAUAAUUAUUAUUUCUAUGGAAAUGACACAGGAUUCUCUAAUGACUACGAACAAAAUUAUUUUACAAACAAUGAUAAUAUUAAUGUAAAUGAUCUUGAUAAUAAGGAUGCAGCUGGGGUCCAGCAGGUCGAAGAAAUUGUAGAAAACUGGGAGGAUUUAUUAUAA